GAAGAAUGGCUGAUGUCAAAUCUAGAUUAACACAAGAUGAGGUAGAGGAACUGCAACAUCUGUUGGGGAGCAGAAGCUUCAGUCUUCUCUAUAAAGCAAGCGUCCAUGGUUACAAUGCUUCUAUAUUUCAUGCCAAGUGUGAUGCACAAGGGCCAACUGUAGCAGUAGCAUAUAAUGGAAGUGGUUAUAUUUUUGGAGGCUUUACGUGUCAGAGCUAUGUUUCAUCUGGAGGGUACAUAAGUGACGAGAAGGCUUUUCUCUUUAGAUUAAAAGGCAAAGAGGGAGUGCUUAGCCCACUAAAAAUUCCUGUUAAAACUGCGUCAGGUGCUAUAUAUGACUAUAGUUCCCUUGGCCCUAAUUUUGGUGGUGGGGCACUGCAGUUGUUGAACCAAAAUGCCGCAGCAGCAGCAACAAGUUGUAACAACAACUACACAUACAACGUUGCUGACCUGCAUGGAAAUGAUCUAGGCCUUACAAAAUGUGAGGUGUAUCGAGUUGAGGUAAAUAUUAGCAGUUUCCUGGAAUCUCCAUGGAGGAAGUUUACAUGGACAACUGAAGAAAGAGGGAAAAUAAUGGAGGAAAUCAGAUCUUACAAACCUUAUUUAAAUUCAGUGCCACAGAUUUGGAUUUUGAGUCUUGGUCCAGUUGAAGCUGGGAAGUCCAGUUUUUUCAACUCUGUGAAUUCUGUUUUCCGAGGUUAUGUGACAAGACAAGCCAUAGCGGGAUCUGAUAAUGCUAGCGUGACAACACAGUACAGGACUUACCCAGUUAAAGAUGGAAGCAAUGGCAAGCCUCUGCCUAUUAUCCUCUGUGACACAAUGGGAAUAGAAGAAAAAUCAGGAACAGGUCUGGAAAUUGAUGAAGUGUCCAACAUAAUAAAAGGCCAUGUUCCUGAUAGGUACCAGUUUAAUCCAGCUGCCACCCUUCGUCCAGAUUCUCCAGGCUAUAUCAAGACCCCUUCUCUGAAGGAUCAGAUUCAUUGUUUUGCAUUUGUUAUUGAUGGGUGCAAAAUUGAGAUUCUUCCUGAGAAACUGGAAGACAAGCUGAAACAGCUUCGAAGAAAAGUGAACCAGUUUGGGAUCCGACAACUGGUUUUGCUAACUAAAGUGGAUGAAAUUUGCUCUACUCUUGAAGAUGUCAAGUGUGUGUACAAUAGCAAAGCUGUUGAGAAACAGAUGUGGAUAACUGCAGAGAAAAUUGGAAUCCCUCUUGCUCAAAUUGUACCUGUUAAAAACUACUGCUCCGAGUUGGAUCUUUCGUGCGAUGUUGACAUCCUAUUACUGUCCACUGUGAGGCAGCUUAUGUAUUUAGCAGAAAGCUACCUUGACAAUUUCCCUUUUGAGAAGCCAAAGGAAGAGCUCUAA